CCUAGUGGUAUAAAAGGAAGAUCCACUUUGUCGACAGUAAAUGGCCAUAUGAUAUGUAUCAUAUUUUGCAAAAGUAAUAUCAGAGAGGAAAUAUUAAUAUUUGAUUUAUUAUUGAAUAUUGCACACUGACAAAGAUGGAAGAUUAUACAGUAUCAUUAGAUCCUGAAACAGAAAUGGUCUGCACAUUAUAUUUAUUUAAGGAUGUACAAAAUUCUAAUGAACUGCAUAAAAAAGUUAUGGACAAUAAACUUUCUUGCUGUAUUAUAAAAGCGGCGCUUAUAGUGGAUCCUUUGCAAGUAAUAGUAGCUGCUAAUAAAGCUGCAAUUAGUGCAAAAAUGACUCAGUUAACUACAAAAACUUUAUACACUGAGGUAUUGUUUAAUUUAUCAGUAUCAAAAAACAUAUCACGUUCAUUAGCAGAUUUUGGUAUUGGUUAUAAUGACAAAAAUAUACUAAUAGCAAUAAUACACAAAGAAUGUGAUGGAAAUUCAAUGUCAGAAAUACUAAUGAACAGUAUAAAAGGAGAAAGGGUAUUGAUUUCUAGUUUGCCUCAAUUUACAAAUUUUGAUUUAGUAAAAAGAAGAUAUAAAAUUGAUGAGAAUGAAUUGAAUAUUUCUACUCUCGCUAAUUCUGUUAUUUCUAGAAUUAGCUGUAAAGAUUAUUGAAAUAAAAAGAUCUUGGCAGAAUUUUUUUGUAGAUAAACAUUAUUUGAUAUCUAAAAUUUUUGUGUACUUAUGUAACAAUGUUUCAUAAACAAGAAAAAAUUAAAUAUAUUGUAAUUUAUUCAUUGUAAUCAA